AUGGCCUCUUUGAAACCACUUCCCACUUUCCGUUGCUUCUCCAGACUUCCUCCAGAGCUGCGCUUGGAGAUUUGGCGGCAGAGCUUGCCGGACCUGGACAGCAUCACAUUGUACAACUACAGGAGAGAAUGCUGGGGUCCUCGGGACCUGCGAAAAUCAGAGGUCGAUCAUCAGUUGCUUGAUCAGAUGCCGGGCAAUACUGAGAAUGCCGUCGACUUUGAUUUCCGUCACGAGAUGUUGGCCGCUACACACGUCAAUCUCCCUCUGGCAUUUGUCAAUCGCGAAGCUCGCAGCGUCGCCUUGGCUUGGAUUCAGCAACGAGGCGUUGAGAUGCGCUUCGACGAGGACAGGAAAUGCCACGUCUUUGAGCAGCGGUUUGACCCGAGGCGUGAUGCUCUCUACAUCGGCAUCAGCCAGUGGGAAGACUUUUGUCUCGAGCCCUUUGACCAGCUGGCGGAACCAGAUUUCUCCAGCCACACGGUCAGCAGCGAUACAGGUCUUACACGCAUUGCCAUCCCUGAUACACCGUAUGACACUGAUUGCUCUUCGUUGAUCGAAGUGUUUCACUGGUUCCCUCACCUGGAGGCGAUCUUCAUCGUCUUGGACCUUCGGGUGGAUCCUAGGAUUGAGAGGCUGCUGCUCAAGGGAGACCGGAAGAAGGCAAGUGCUCUUAUACAGCAGCAUCAGUGGAAGACCGAGGAUAUCCAAGAAAAGACGCUGGUAUGGGACCCCGAGAAUCGCUGCUUCGAGUGGAAGGGCGGUGCGGGUUUGGGCAAUGAAUCGCUCUAUAGGAGAAUGGAGAAGAUGGCGAGAGAGAUUCGCGGAAGGCUCGUGGAGAUGAAUACGAGGAGCUUUAAGAUUCAGCCCGUUGACGCCGUCUAAGCAUCUGGGGAUGGAGGGAUGAUGGGAUGGAGUGUCUUUUGGAUUCAAGAGAGUUGAUGACUUUGCUUUCAUGUUAUGGGCUUUAGGUAUUGAUUGGGAUUGGGAUUGGGAUUGGGAUUUGGAGGAUCAUUGAACUGGAUUAGCGUUGGGAUGGUAUAGCAUAGCAUGGCAUGGAUACCAACUGGGUAUGGAUUU